AUGCGACCCGGCAAAGCGUUCAUCAAAAUGGCGACAGAAGCAAUAUUGGCUCAAGUCGCAAGAUGGCCGCCGCGACAAGUGCAAACCUAUCUAGACAACGCCCUGUCGCUCGGUACACUACAGAACACAGUUUGUAUCCAUCGUCCUCACCCUAAGAAAAACAUUUACAUAGCGCGCGGCGGCGCGCGGGGCUUCCCCUGCCGGGGCGCCCGCGCGCCGCCGCCGCCGCAUAUACCGAUACUAUACAUAAAAUAUGAAAUAUUUAGGACA